AUGCAACAACUCAGUCGUCUGCGAAGCCAUCGCGCAAAAAUGGUCAGCUCCCGCGUACGUGAAGACGACUUCUACUGGCAAGGCCAAGUGUAUUGCGUGAAGCGCAGCCCCUUUGACGACGAAGAACAUGAACGCUGGUGGAUCGUUGGUGACUGGCAAGACAUUGCUUAUGAACUGAGCCAUGAGCGUCGGUUCUUCAGCGACAAGGCACGCAAAUUCUUUGAAUCCCUCCUUCAUGAGGCAUUGAGUGCAGAAAGACCGUGCAGCCCUGGAACGCCAGCGGUCAUCAAAACGCUACUUUCAGGUACAAAGCUAUAUCGUGCUCGCGUCGCAGCCAAUCCAACUGAGGUUCAGCAUUUCAAAAGCAACCCUUUGGCCGAGUUGGGUGCACCACCUCUGGAUCGCGCAAAAAAUAAUCGGAUGAGCGCCGCAGGCUUUUCAUGGAUGUACGUAUCGCAGGACGCCAGCACUUGCAUCCGUGAGGUGUUACCCAAUCAGGGAGACACGGUCGUGGUGGGAGGGUUUGUGUCCACUAGACCGCUGAGGAUCUUUGACCUCAAUGCACUGAGUCAUCGACUGAAGCAUGCGCCGUUAAGUUUUUUUAGCCCUGACUAUGAACAGCUCAGCAAUCACCGACAGCUUUUGAGGUAUCUCCACGACGAGAUUGCUCAGCCUAUCGAACGCCCUGAAACCGACUACGUGAUGACUCAAGCUUUCGCCGAAUACAUUCGUUGCUACGCGCCGCAUCACUUUGAUGGCAUCAGUUAUCGCUCUGUGCAGCAUCCCGGCGGGAUCAACUAUGCGCUGUUCGCUAUAGACAAUGCCGAGCGCGUGCGAUCACCUUACAGCCGUCCGGCAUUCGACCUGGUGAUAAGCGGCGAUUCCGUGACACUGCACGUUGCAGAA